AUGUUUGAGUACUUAAAAUCGGAUGAACCGCUAAACAUAUUCAAUGUGGAAACGGUUAUCAAAAAACAUGAACAAUGGCUUAAACUGAUGCCCAGAGUCAGGCCCUACUAUGCCUUCAAAUGUAAUCCAUUCGAGCCGUUACUUAAGCUAUUGAUAGACAUGGGCUGUGGCUUUGACUGUGCCAGUCAGCAUGAAAUCGAAACCGUACUGACCAUUGGUGCCGAUCCCGGCUCUAUAGUCUAUGCCAAUCCAAAUAAAACCGAAUCAUCGAUAGUCUACUCCCGGAAAAUGGGUAUAUCAUUGGUAACGGUUGAUAGCGAGGAAGAGCUAAUCAAAUUGGAACGUCUACAUCCCGGUGCUCGGCUACUGUUACGGCUGAAAGUAGACGAAACCGGAUCCUACUAUGGGUUGGGCGAAAAAUUUGGCGCUACUCUACGCGAGUGUCGACAGUUGCUGACACUGUGCAGUCAACUAGGCUUACGUCCAGUGGGUGUAGCCUUUCAUGUCGGAUCGUUUUGUCAGUCGACACUGGCCUACCAGAGAGCUAUCGAAAUGGCCCGCCGGGUGUUCGACAUCAGCCACCAAAUGGGUUUCCCCGAUAUGACUGUACUGGAUUUGGGGGGCGGUUUUCCCGGUACCGAUCGCUGCUACUUUGAACAGUUAGUUACCGAAGUGGCCACUUUCGAUACGAUAGCCCAGGCUAUUACCAGGGCACUGGACCUACACUUUCCACCCGAACCUACUAGAGGUAGUAGUAAUAUACAGAUAAUUGCCGAACCGGGUACCUACUAUGCGGCCGCAGCUUUCACACUAAUAACACGUAUUAUAUCCAAACGGGUGGUCUCACUAACCGAUGCCAACCAUAAUCACUGUAAUCGACAUAUAAUGUAUUAUCUGAAUGACGGUAUGUUCGGUAGUUUUACUGUCGAUAAAAUGAUUGGCAAACAAAUUAUACCCAUACCUGUGCUUAACAGUGUUAGUAGUGAUGAUGAUGAUGAAACAGUAGGACCGACUGCCGACACCAUUGCUAAACAACAACAAUCAUGUUUGAGUACAUUAUGGGGUCCAACCCUAACCAGUCUGGACUGUAUUGUAUGCGAUAUACUAAUGCCUGAACUAGACGUUGGCGAUCAUAUAGUGUUCAACGAUAUGGGCGCCUAUAGCCAUAGCUAUUCACCAUACGGUUUCAAUGACUUAAAAUCGGAUGAACCGCUAAACAUAUUCAAUGUGGAAACGGUUAUCAAAAAACAUGAACAAUGGCUUAAACUGAUGCCCAGAGUCAGGCCCUACUAUGCCGUCAAAUGUAAUCCAUUCGAGCCGUUACUUAAGCUACUGAUAGCCAUGGGCUGCGGCUUUGACUGUGCCAGUCAGCAUGAAAUCGAAACCGUACUGACCAUUGGUGCCGAUCCCGGCUCUAUAGUCUAUGCCAAUCCAAAUAAAACCGAAUCGUCGAUAAUCUACUCCCAGAAAAUGGGUAUAUCAUUGGUUACGGUUGAUGGCGAGGAAGAGCUACUCAAACUGGAACGUCUACAUCCCGGUGCUCGGCUACUGUUACGGUUGAAAGUAGACGAAACCGGAUCCUACUAUGGAUUGGGCGAAAAAUUUGGCGCUACUCUAACCGAAUGUAGACAAUUACUGGAACUGUGCCGACAACUGGACUUACGUCCAGUGGGUGUAGCCUUUCAUGUCGGCGCCUUUUGCCAGUCGACACUGGCCUACCAGCGAGCUAUCGAAAUGGCCCGUCAGGUGUUCGACAUCAGCCACCAAAUGGGUUUCCCCGAUAUGACUGUACUGGAUUUGGGGGGCGGUUUUCCCGGUACCGAUCGCUGCUACUUUGAACAAUUAGUUACCGAAGUGGCCACGUUUGAUACGAUUGCCCAGACUAUUAGCCGGGCACUGGACCUACAUUUUCCACCCGAACCUAGUAGUAGUAGUAGUUUACAGAUAAUUGCCGAACCGGGUACCUACUAUGCGGCCGCAGCUUUCACACUAAUAACACGUAUUAUAUCCAAACGGGUGGCCACACUAACCGAUGCCAACCAUAAUCACUGUAAUCGACAUAUAAUGUAUUAUCUGAAUGACGGUAUGUUCGGUAGUUUUACUAUAGCUAAAAUGAUUGGCAAACAUAUUGCACCCAUACCGGUGCUGACUAUGGCUAGUGGUGAUGGUGAUGGUGGUGCUAAACAACAACACCGACAAUCAUGUUUGAGUACAUUAUGGGGUCCAACCCUAACCAGUCUGGACUGUAUUGUACGCGAUAUACAAUUGCCUGAACUAGACGUUGGCGAUCAUAUAGUGUUCAACGAUAUGGGCGCCUAUAGCCAUAGCUAUUCACCAUACGGUUUCAAUGGUAUGCCUACUAGCCGUUAUUGUAUACAUGUAUCAGACUAUGCCGACAAAUAUCAACAACAACAUUUUCUAUUGCUAGUUAUAGUAUUUACGUAA